AUGGACGUUAUCACUCUUUUACCUAUCACCGUCCAAGCCGGCAUUGUUCUUCUGGGAGUGAUUGGAACUCUGGCCCUCGUUAGAAAGUUACAGAACUACCGACAUGAAAGAAAUCUCCUACCUUUGCCGCCACAGCCAUCUGGCUCGUUCCUGGUUGGCAAUAUGGCUGAAGUAAUUGCUGCAAGCAAAGUUGGUCAGCAACAUCUGCUCUUCCAACGCUGGGCUCAGGAACACGGAGAAAUAUUCCGUGUCCGUGUUGGUCCCUUCACAGAGUACUUCAUCAACUCUGAUGCUGCGGUCAAGGAGAUCUUUGACAAGGCAUCCGCUCAAACGGCCGAACGACCUCGCUGGAUUGUGUCCAACGAGCAGAUAUGCAAUCAACUCAAUGUCUUGCUGCUCAACGCCAGUGAUCCUCGCUGGAAGCACCAACGCAAAGUCAUACACUCUGGUCUGACUAGCAUACCGAGAGCAGACGCUGGCCUGCCAUUCCUCCAUUACGAAACUGCCAAGUUUAUGCAAGAGCUUGCCAAUAACCCGACUAUUGGCUGUGAGAGCAAGGAACUUUUCGCCGCUAUUGGACGCUAUACUUACAGCACUUUUGCUUCACAGACCUUCGGUUUGGACAUACCCGACACCAAUGAUUCCACGAUCGACUAUAUCUUCGAGACUGGUUUGGCACAGAUCCAGGGUACAUUACCCGGCAAUCAUAUUGUUGAUAUUCUGCCAUGGCUAGACACCCUCCCAAUGUUCCUCAAGCCAUGGGAGCGCAAUGCUCGCCGAAGAUUCAAGCGAGAUAUGGACUGGUGCGUUGAACGUCUCAUGCGCAUCAAAAAAGGAAGGUCUCGCAACGUUAUGCAAGAUGCCUUCUUGCCGCGUGUCUUGGAGGAUGAGAAAAAUCUCGGCUUCGGCAGUGUAGAGGAAGCUGCCUAUCUAUCACUACAACUCAUCAUCGGCGCCGCGGACACCAGCAAGAUGAGCACAUGGUCUUUCUUGGAAGCCAUGAUGACCUAUCCAGAGGUUCAGGAAAAGGGUCACCAAGAACUCGUCAAUGUUGUUGGAGAUCGUCUACCCGUAUACGAAGAUCUUGAAAAGAUACCUUAUGUACGAUGUUUGAUGAAGGAAACAUGGAGAUGGCGUCCUCCGGUAUCUCUCGGACAUCCACACACCACGACUCGUGAUCUCGAGUACGGCGGCUACCGUAUCCCUAAAGGCUCCCGACUACACCUGAAUGCAUGGGCUAUACAACACGAUCCCGACCGUCACGAAGAUCCAGAUCGUUUCUGGCCCGAGAGAUACUCUAACGAUCACACAAACACCAUGCAGAGCAUCAACGCGAGCGAUGUGCGCAACAGAGAUCAUUUCGCCUUCGGCUCUGGACGACGAGUGUGUCCUGGGUACCAUGUGGCCGAACGCUCUCUUGCAGUAGCCAUCAUGCGUCUGUUGUGGGGAUUCAAGAUUACUCCUAGUCCCGGUGCAAAGCUGCCUCUUGACCCGCGCGACUUUGCUGGAGAGAUGCCUGGUAAUCCAGGCCAUGACAUGCCGGUAACUGUGAAGGUUCGUGACGAGCGGACGCGGGGUAUCAUCAACCAGGCAUUCAAAGAAGCAGUCGCAACCCGUACUCAACUGGAACCGCUCGCUUAG